CCCCUACAGGAGGAGUUCAAGGAAGAGCCAUCUUGGGAUAUAGGAUGCUUGUUACAUGAACAGAAAAAGUAUCCUGUAAAAUUUGCAUUGUCGCACAAGCAUAAUUAAAUAAUUUAUCAAUGUCCAAAGUUGAAUCAUCGCCCCAACUCGCCCAGCCAAGACGGGGUCUACAGGAAUCGAAUCCCCCCAAUCGCUUCCCAUCCGGCUCCCCUUCCGAGCAUUCUCCAGGGCAGAAGCUCUCCCCGUCCUCGCUUUUUAAGUCUCUCCGAUCGGCCAGUCCGGCGAACAUUCGGUGCUCCGAUCAUCUACUCUGGCGACCUUCGACGCUCCAAACUUUUCUGCUGAAGAUGAAUUGAUGCGAUGGAUCCUGAAGGCAAGAAGUUUGGAAGAGGGCCUCGGGAACUUACUGGUGCUGUUGAUCUAAUCAAUCAUUACAAGUUGUUGGCACACCAUGAUUUUUUUUGCAAAAGAACUCUGCCUCUGUCAAUUUCAGAUACACACUAUCUUCACAAUAUGGUGGGAGACACGGAAAUUCGAAAAGGAGAAGGGAUGGAACUUGACCAGCUGUUUCAGAAUGCUCCAAACUUGAGAGAGACAACUGCUCAUAUACAGCCCUUUGACUUGGACAUCCUUGGGAAAGCAUUUCAGCUGCGAGAAACAGCUCCAAUUGAUUUACCAUCUGUAGAAAAAGGAAUACCUACAAUUCGUUCAAAAUCAAAAAGCAUGUCCAAAGACAAGGAGAGGAAACAUAAAAAGCACAAGGACAAGGAUAAGGAAAAGGACAAAGAGCAUAAGAAGCACAAAUAUCAUCACAAAGAUCGAAGUAAAGACAAAGAUAAAAACAAGGAUAAACAUGGACAUCAUGAUUCUAGUGGUGAUCACUCAAAGAAACAUCAUAAGAAGAGGAGGAAGCAUGAUGGUAAUGAGGAUCUUUCAGAUGCUCACAAGCACAGGAAAAUGAAGCAUAAGAGCUCAAAGGUUGAUGGAUUAAGAGGAUAAAGUGGCUUGAUAAAGCUCCAAAAUCUUGUGAGGGGAGUACUCUGUUGCGAGCACAAGUUGCACCAUGACAGGGCAUUGUCAUUCGACACCGAUUCAUGUUUGAAUAAUGCAGGCAUUGCAAGGUAAGGACACCAUUGUAAUCAACUUGGAAGUAGAAAUGCUCAUAGUCAAGCACAUCCACUGAAGAUUUUCAGCGCUGGUCUCUGACCGCUCCAUUAAUGAAGUGGGCUGUAGCUAACUCCUGUAUUGUUCAGCUCUUCCGUCUCCCAUCACUGACAUAUGGUCCUCUAACAUGUGGUGCUGGGGCAUCUACAGCCCACUUGCAAGGAACAUUUAACCUGUCGGCUAUUGAUGAUCCCUUGGUUGGCACCUUGUCAUUUGACAUUUAAUUGAUGAAUUGAGUUGUGCAGGGUAUACAUCUUUAUAAGAUGGUCGCGAGAUAUGGGGUUCCGAACAUAACA